GUGUUAGCGGCCAUCUUGCAUCACAGUGCAAUAUCGCGUAAUGUCGUCGGGUCGCUUGUCAAACUCGUCCAUUAACCUCACAAACUUUUCUAUUUCAACGAAUAAUUAACAGUCAAGGGCAAUACAUGAAUGGUAAUGAUACCGUGUUCCAAAGAAACAUGCGAAGUGCAAAACGACGCCCGGUAAAAUAAUUCGCGCGCGUACAGGUAUCGAAAACAAGACUUGUAAUCACAUCACAAUUAUCGCACGCUGUCAACUUUUCUCUGACAAUAAUAGAGAAUACCGGUAUAUUUACGCUACAAAAUGUCCAGCGCGAAAAUCAUCGAAAAUCCAGAAAUACCGGGAUUAGAAUGUUUCCUACCUCCGCCACCGCCACCACUUCCUUCGGUUGCAUCGCCGAACACCAACAACAAUGUACAGAAUUCAACGGAACAACAACAGCAAGAAGCGAACACAGUGGAAACGAUGGCGAGCGGUUGUCCAGGCAGCGGAACCCCGCCAGCCCUGACAACCCCGCCGCCGCCGCCGACGACGACGAUUCAAGCAGCGGUUGCACCAUUUCCAAAUGUUUCCUUAGCACCGGCGUUCAUGAUGCACCCGACGAUGCACCCACAAGCACCUGGACAACCGUCUACACCCUGGUGGAUACCCACGGACGCGGACACGUCGGAUAUUUACGCUCGAUGGUACGACACGACCUACAAGGCGGCGGCAGCCGUCGCGGUGGUCGCGACCCCAACGAUCCAAGUCGCCGGGAAAUCGAAGAACAAGCAUCAGAAACGCAAGAGCGAGUUCAUCGAUCCCGCGCAAGAUGCAGAGAAAGUUGCGAGCGCCCAGAGGGAACUGUCUGCGCUAAUGAAACCGUUGAAAUGCGAUCUGUGCAACGCAGUUAUGAACUCGACGUUGCAAGCUAAGUUACAUUACGACGGGAAGCCGCAUCAGAAGAAGGUGUCGAUGUUUCUGAAUCAGAGCGUCAAGAAGCAGAAGACCGAGGACGGUCAAGUCAGUAGCACGACCAACGAUUGGCAGAACUAUUGCGACACCUGCAAGACAUGGUUCACGUCGCAAACGGACGCGACGCAACACUACGCCGGCAAAAAGCACAUUAGAGCGGCAAACGGUGGACGUCGUGCGAGGCCGUCGAAGAAGUCGCAAAGUCAAAGUCAGUACAAUCAAAUAGAUCUUACGGGCCGAUUCGGGAUUGGAGUGGCUUUUCAGGCGGAAGUGCAAUCUCCCGCGACGACGCAACCGGUUGUACCCGACGAUACCGCUGCGUCGGUCCCGGCCCCGCCAACGGGGCCCAUCUACACGCCGCCGCCUUAUCCGACGCCGUUGCGUUGCGAUUUGUGCGGAGUCUCGGCUAAUCGGCAGGACCAAUUAGAAACGCACAAGCGCGGGGCCAGACACUUGAGAAUGCUCAGGUUGAACGGAUUGCCUGUCCCCGAGUCCGCAACCGAGAACGAGAUGACCCCCACCACGCCUGGACCUAUAGACUACUCCAUCUAUCGAACACCGUCGGGUCAAUAUUAUUGCGCGCCCUGCAAUCUCUCGUUAAAUUCCGAGAGUAUGUUCGCCCAACACGUGGACAGCAAAAAACACAAAAACCAGUCAAAUCCAAAGUCUCCGUCGAAUGCGGCGGUUGUGUCGAAAAAGGCCAGAUUCAAGAAGAAAUAAGACCACGAGGACGGAUGUACACGUUACUUCGCCUGUCCAUUGUUUUCACUGAACUCUUAUCCCACAUUUUCCCAGUUGUACGGACGUAUUGUGGUU